AUGCCUAGUAAAGAACGAGCUGGUGGGAAAGAGCUGGAGAAUUCGCUCUCAGAUUCAGUUGCUACAUCCAAUAGCAUUUUAGAUCGAGCCGUUGAUCUUGAAGAUGCUCAGCACAAAGACAUUCUUCGCCUAGAUCACAUAGAAGGAUACCAUGAGUUAUCUGCAAAGACACAAGCUUUCUUUACCACUGCAGUUGCAAAAUGGGAUGCCGAGUUCUAUGUAAAGGUUGAUGAUGAUGUUCACGUUAAUUUGGGUACUCUUGCUGCAACUCUAGCCAGGAAUCGGUUGAAAUCCAUGGUGUAUAUAGGAUGCAUGAAAUCUGGGCCAGUUCUUUAUCACAAGAAUGUUAAGUACCAUGAACCUGAGUUCUGGAAAUUUGGAGAGGCGGGAAAUAAGUACUUCCGGCAUGCAACUGGACAGAUAUAUGCCAUUUCAAAAGACCUUGCAACAUAUAUCGCUAAUAAUCGGCCCAUUCUGCAUAAGUAUGCAAAUGAGGAUGUGUCACUUGGUGCAUGGCUAAUUGGUCUUGAAGUUGAGCACAUUGAUGAACGUAGCAUGUGCUGUGGAACUCCACCUGAAUGCGAAUGGAAAGCGCAAGCAGGUAAUGUAUGCGUAGCGUCAUUUGAAUGGAGCUGCAGUGGAAUUUGUAGAUCAGUCGAGAGAAUCAAGCACGUACACGCCAAGUGUGGCGAAACUGCUGCUACUCUUUGGGGUGCUCUCUUGUAGUUGGCAUUAUUUAUCAUUCUCAUAAGGUAUUCUCAUGGAGGAGAUAUGUUUGAAACAGAUCUUUGACAGAGUUCAACUGAAAUAUUAGCAAUAGUAUCAUUUUGAAAAGAACAUAUUGCUGAUGGAACCUGCAAAAGAAAGGAGGAGCAUACAAAUUGUUGGAAUAGUUUUAGUUUUUAUUAGAAAUUACAAAUUUUUGUAGUUCUAAAUU